AUGGAACUCAACCGACAACAUUUUCGCGCCAUAAUUUAUUACAACUUUUCGACAAUUUCCCGUUGGUAUGGAAAAUUCAAAGGGGGACGGGUGAGUCUUAGCGACGAUCCCAGGGUGGGAAAAUCUGUGCGCAAACUCAUCAUUGAAGAUAGACAUGCGUCCUUGAAGAUCUCACAGACCUCAAUUCAAAAAAAUGUACAUGAAGAAUUAGGAGUAAGAAAAUUAGUUUCUCGUUGGAUACCCCAACAGUUGACUGAAGAGCAGAAAGCAGCCAGGGUUAAUUGGUGUCAAAAAACGCUUGACCGUUUCAAUUCCGGAAACUCAAAAAAUGUGUACAGCGUUGUUAGUGGUGAUGAAUCGUGGAUUUACUUGUUCCAAGGUGAAAAAAAGCCAACAAAAGUCAUCCGUUCUCAAAGUGUUUCGAAAAAGAUGGUCGCGGAAUUUGUGUCAAAAGCGGAUCAUAUUGCAACAAUUCCUCUUAAUGAGCAAAGAACUGUUACUACGGAUUGGUAUACCACCAUUUGUUUGCCAAAAGUCAUCACCGAGCUUCGAAAAAUUAAUCCCGAAAGAAGAAUCAUCCUCCACCAAGACAAUGCAAGCUCGCGCACAGCCCAAAAAACAAGGCAGUAUUUAACGGAAGAAAACGUGGAAUUAUUGGACCAUCCUCCAUAUAGUCCCGAUCUAAGUCCUAACGAUUUCUUUACUUUCCCGAAAAUUAAAAACAGACUGCGUGGUCAAAGGUUCCAGUCACCAGAAGAAGCAGUUGACGCAUUCAAAAAUGCCGUUUUGGAUCUGCCAGCAAACGAGUGGAAUAAGUGCUUCGAAAAUUGGUUCGCGCGCAUGCAGAUGUGCAUUAAUCUUCGUGGAGAAUACUUCGAAAAACAAUAA